UUUUCUUAUGGGUUAGAUUAGGCGAUACGUAUGUUGUUGAUGUGAUAUUGUUAUAGGAAACUAGAGAUAGAAACAGAGACUGAUUGAUGGAUUUGCUUGUCAACUUGUAUUGGCCGAUGGAUUUGUCCGAGAAUGGCUUCAUGGCUUGAUGCUCGCUGCCUUGCUUUGCUGUUGUUGGCUUGUGAAAAUAACAAGAGGAUUCCUGUUGUGUUUCUUGGAGGCAUAGACGUAUAGCUCUGUUUAGGUGCUACUAUUCGUAGCUUGCUGUGUACUGUCUUCACAGAUGAUGCACCAUGUCCCAUUUCCCCCUAGCCCGCUAGACAAGAUAAUCAAGACUUAAGAAUAUGAGCUAUCUCUAGAGCAGGGUAAGAGCCUCUUCUAUUCAAAUGGUCCUCAUAAAAGAUUUUGGGGGUUCAAAUCUUUGUGAUUUCUCCAUAUGUAAUGUUUGAUUCGUAGUAUUGAGUUUUAUGAUCUUUUCUUCCGCUAGAAAAUCCUUUGUACUAAAUUUUAUGGAAAAAAUUCCAUUGAGUGAAACUUCUAAAUCCAUAGGUAAUGUUUUAGGAACCAGACGGGUUGGAAAACCAUCUGUGAGUCAGCGAUCCACCCUGCCAGUGUUCUGCUCUCACGGCGCCUUCCCCCCGCCCGGCCCAUGGCGACGCCGCUCGUCACCAUCGUCCGGCUCGCUGCCGCCUCCCGCGUCUUGGUCCUUACUCUCUCUUUGCUCGCUUGCCUUCUCUUUCGCCCCUACGACACCUCCGCCUCCCUUCACCCGCCUUGUCUCUCCUCCCCCUCCUUCCCCCCUUCCACCUCCUCUUCUAAUUCCACCACCGCCACCAUCUCGUCCCUAGCCGUAUGGGAUGGUGUCCACUUCGCCCGCGCUGCCGAGUGCGGCUACGAGUACGAGCAGUCAUUCGCCUUCCUCCCCCUCCUCCCCGCCUCAAUCACUCUCCUCUCCCGGUCCCGUAAGUCACCUCACCUCUACCUCAACUUCUCAUCAUUGAGGUGUCUUCUUGAUCUGGUUUGGUGUUGGGUUUUGGCCCCUUUUCCUUCUGCAGUGUUCGCGCCGCUGGUGCCGAUGCUGGGGUACAGGGCCGUGCUCGUGAUCUCCGGGCAUGUUCUGAACAAUGUGGCGUUUGUUGCCGCCGCGGCCUAUUUCUACAGAUUAUCUGUGCUGAUCUUGAAGGACUCAGGAGCGGCCUACCGUGCAUCUGUUCUUUUUUGCUUCAAUCCUGCUUCUGUGUUCUACUCAUCCCUAUAUUCAGAAAGUCUUUAUGCCCUUUUUUCGCUCGGAGGACUGUUCUACCUGUUUUUCGGUUCUCGUACCGUUGCAAUGAUAAUGCUCGCACUCUCUGGUUCAGCUAGGUCAAAUGGAGCACUUAAUGCUGGCUAUAUCUGUUUUGAGGCUUUGCUACAAGCAUAUGAUGCUGCUAUCCAGAAGAAAAGGCACAUGUGGGCAGUGCAGGCCCUUGUCACUGGAUUUUUGCGCUCAACUUUUAUAUUCCUACCAUUCUUUGCCUUUCAAGCAUAUGGAUAUUUGAACAUAUGCCUACACGGGUACACGGAUGAGCUGAGGCCAUGGUGCAAAGCAAAACUGCCCCUUUUGUAUAGUUUUAUUCAGAGUCACUACUGGGGAGUUGGUUUCUUGAGAUACUUUCAAGUCAAGCAGCUGCCCAACUUUCUUUUGGCUUCACCAGUACUGUCUCUUGCAGUUUAUUCCAUAGUUCACUACAUAAAAUUGCUUCACCAACUCUUCCAAUCAACUAGCAUACACGAGCAGAUAAUUGCCAAUAUUGAGGGGAGGUUAGUUGAAGCAUAUGAAAGCUCAGAAUUUGCCACGGUGUUGAAGAGCGAAAUUUCUACCGGACUAAAUAGUAAAAAGCAAGGGAACACUGAGGUUAAGAAGAGAAAAUCUGUUACAACCAGGGCUGCUUCAGCAUCUUUAGAUGGCAAUGUAUCAACACGCGGAAUUGUGGGAGAUAACAAGGAUGGGUGCCCCUUGCUAGUUCUUCCUUUCAUUUUACAUCUGACAUUCAUGACAUUUACCGCCUUCUUCGUGAUGCACGUCCAGGUGUCAACGCGGUUUCUGUCUGCCAGUCCCCCGAUCUACUGGGCUGCUUCGCACAUCUUGGCUCCCGCAAGAGGCGGCUCUUGCAAGAGAUGGGGUUACUUCAUCGUCGUUUACUUCAUUGCUUAUAUUCUUCUCGGCAGUUUGCUCUUCCCUAACUUCUACCCAUUCACAUGAGAAGAGCGGUCAUUUUGCGCACACACGAAUUGUAUGAUCUACGAAUUGGUUCUCCUUGGCAGAAUGUUCCUGUACAGUUGAUGUAUCUCACUUCUUUUGCCCCCUAAAACCUUUCUACGUAAAAAGAGAACCCUGUUUAUGCUGACCUGAAUGGCUUCAUCCUGAUGACAGAAGCCAUGCAUUCGAAUCUGAGAUUGCCUGGUGUAUUCUGGGCUCUGUCCAUCAAGUGGUACAGCCGUAGAAUUGAGGAGUGCAUUCUGUAGGUUUUUCUUUCUGGGGGAUCUGAAUGAUAUGCCCCAUUUCAUCCCUCCGUUCGGAAAUAGUUGAUGAUGUUUUAGUUCAGUUCACAUGCCAUGUUAUUUUUAUUUUUAUUUGUGGAAACAUGCCAUGUUAUUUUGACACCUUUAUAAGAGGAAGAAUAAUAUCUAGUUAAAUCCA